AGUCGCUUUCCUCUCUCUCUCAGAUCCCUCUUUUCUUUGCAGCCUUGGGUUAGGGGAAGACUGGACCCGCCAACCUCUCCCCGCCAGCUAUUCCUUUGCCAUUUAGUAUGAAUAAAUCCGGAAAGAGGCGCUGUCAUAUUCUGUUACACAACAAGAGGAUAAAAUAACCCUGUCUCCGACGAACUGGACCAUGAGCAAUGAUUUGCCUGCAUGGAAAUACAUAACUGAGAACGCGACGGCUAUUCCCAAAGAUCCGAGUGUCCAGGAUGGUUAUGUCCUACUGCUUGUCCUUGUGUCUGUGUUCAUUGGUGGGACUUUAGUCCUACUCUCUGGUAUUUUGAUUAUCUGCAGAAGAUGCUGUGAAACUGACCGAAGAUAUUCAAGGGCUAAUGAUGAUCCUGAGAAAACAAAUACAACAUACCUGGAAGAAUCUCAACCUACACAAGAAAUCACAAUCAAAGUUGAUGAUUCCGAGUGUUUGUCAACGGGCAGCUAUCAUGACCUGGAAGCAGAGCGAUUUCUUUCCACUGGUUCCACUGGUCGCAGAGUUUCUUUUAAUGAAGCAUCGCUAUUUGAUCACGGGAAGAAAACACAGGAAAAAGGGCGGAGAUACACUCUGACGGAAGGAGAUUUUCACCACUUAAAGAAUGCUCGAUUAACUCAUUUGCACAUUUCACCUCCUUCUUUGAAAAUAGUAACAAUUCACGAAUGUGAAUCAAGUGAGAACAACAGCUUGGCAAUGACUACCCAAGCUCCAUCUUCCUCCAAAACCAACCUUUCCAUUUUCCAGUCCAUCAUAAAUCCACUGCCACAAACAGCUCUGACAAGCCACUCAGUUAACCCCAGCUCAGCCUUGCCUGGGGAUACAUUCAAUUCAUCAGUUAAUACUACCUUUGUUGACGCAAAUGUUCCUACACCUGCUGAUUCUGGAGAAAGUAGCGUGACUGAAGGUCUAGCUGGGAGUACCAAAGGCAGCAGCAGCAGCAGCAGCAAUGCCAUUGAAGCUGUGACAGCUCCCAACCAAGGCCCGGUGCUCCAAUUCUUCACAAAGCUGCGGAGAAAUGCCAGCUUAGAAUCUGCAAGCCCUUACUUUAAGAUCAAGAAAUGGAAGUUUGAAACCAGCCAGCGAGCACUGAGCCUUGAUACGAGAGGGUCUCCGAAGAGACACCAGUUUCAUCGACAGCGUGCUGCCAGUGAGAGCAUGGAACAUGAAGAUCAGGACCCCCACCAGACUGAUAUUAUCCAGUACAUUGCCCACACAGAUGACGUCACCUUUGGGACCCCUUCGACUCCAUUUGCACAACCUCCCUCCAGUCCACCUCCAUCAGCUAGCAGGUUAGAUGCGGCAGAGAAUCUGCCGAACGGGAGUGAAAGUACUGAGAGGAGGGAGAGCUCAGAUCAGCAGAGGAUCUGCCGAGAUAUCUGGAACCUUCGAGCUUCUCUCGAACUUUACAUAUCAUCAGAGCAGAGCAGCAAUGACAAGGAGUCGGAGCGAAGUGAUGCCGAGAGCGUGUGCUCAGUGGGUGGCCUGCUCACCACCUUCUCCCAGGACACGGCUGACGAGGCGGAUGAUCUUGAAGAGGUCACUGGCAGCAAGCGGCUGAAACAGGACAGCGUGGGGUCAGAGCGGGUCAGCGACAGUGAGACCAACACCCGGAAGCUGCUGCAGAUGGACAGUGGUUACGCCUCGAUCGAGGCUCCCAGCAGAGCGCUGGAAGAGAGGAUCCCGAGGGGUGACAGUGAACGCGGGACGCAGGACACAACUGCCUCAGAGAAGAGGAGGUUUUUCACAAGUUCUGGGCGCAAAGGGACUGUCUUUGAAAGCUACGAUGCAAAACCCUUGAGUGAGGAGUUCGAGGAAGAGGGGGCAGUGGGGGGUGAACCGAUUGACUGGUCACCCUAUGGCCAAAUGUUUGUCACUAGAGACUAUUUGCACAGGCGGGAUUACAGUAUUGAUGAGAAAUCCGAUGCCUUAUUCAAUGCAUUUCUCCGACAUGACCCUCAGUUUGAUGAUUCUCCACUGAAGUCCAAGCACCGGUCUCGUAUCCAUCUCCGGAAGCAAUGGCAAAGGACCAAGCAAUACAGUGACCCAGGGAUCCGCUAUCCGCCUGCACUGGAACGCCACCGAAACCCCCUCCGGAGAGGCGACAGUGUGAAUUAUCCACUAGAUCAUCGAUACCAGAGCACCUUACCACGCAUUAUCAGCGCCACGGAUGAAGAGCCAAGUGAGAGCGGCCAGGAACACGUCAAAUCACCCACGUCCAAACACUCAGAGGCUGAACCCUCAGGCUCAGAAACAGCCGGUGUUGAUGCUGAAGCAAGAAUCCAAAUCAUUGAGGAAGAAACAGCCGAGCAAGGAAAUGCCACUGACCAAACCGAACAGCCAGACCAAACAGACUUCCCGCAGUCUUUAGGUCAAAUCAGUGGCUUCACGGAGACAAACAGACCCACAGACUUUGCAUAUGGACCUCAAAUGAUAGGGGCCGAUCCCAUAGACAAAUUAACGACGAGCAUCGAAGACAGGCUGUACACGAGUCUCAAGAAGUCAAAGGAGAGUGUUGAUUGUGUAGUAGUAACUGUCACACAUGCUUCACCAGAUCACAGCCCUGUUUAGCCUUUUUCUCUGUGGAAGA